AUGUUGUCUUCCAUUAAAUACUUACAAGAAAGUCAACCAUGGCCAAUUAUUGAUUUUGCUUCAAGUUCAAUGCAUCGAUUUCUCAAUGGUUAUACUACCUAUCUCAAUUGUCCAGCAACAUGUACUACAUCGAAUAUAAUUUAUGCCAUGACAUAUCCAUGUGGUCAUUAUGAUUAUGUUGAUUCAACAGCAAAAACAUUGGCUCAUGCUAUGGCUUAUCAUCGAGAACAUGGCAAUCGAAUUAUACAUGAAAAAUUAACCGGUAGUCCUCUAUUUCGAGGAUCACAAAUCGAUCCUAAUGAAAGAGAAAAAGAAAUGGCUAAUCAAAUGCGUCUCUAUCAACAUUCAGCUCGUUGUCCAGCAGUACUUCGUUCAUUUCUUGAUUGCAAUCCUACGUAUUGGUGUUUCAUUCCUAUACCUUGGGAUGAAGCAGUAACAGAAAAUACUGCUAAUCGUCCAGGAAAUUCUACUACAGAUCUCAAUCUGGAUGCUGUGAUAGCAACUACUGCCAUGAAAAUUAUAUUCGAACAUCAAGGUCGUAAGACUACAAUAAUUGGUAAUGAUUAUGAUUCAAUAGUUGAAAAAAUUAGAUCAUUAUUUCCAAAUCAAAAUCAUCAUCGAAUACAAUUUUAUGAUGCUGAACUCAGUGAUUAUUUUGAGUUCACAUCAUAUGAACAAGUGAUUGGUCAACCAAAUGGGUUGAAAAUGAAUUUCGAUAUGUCAAGCAUCUCAGAUUCGUUCGUACUUGAUCCAUCUUCAUUAUCAACAACCAAUGACAAUGAUAGUGAUAGUGAUACGCCAAAUAAAAAUUUAACUAAACGCUCAUCAAAAAGAUCUCGAAAAAAGUCGUUACUUUCACGUGAUCGUGAAAAUAUUGAACCACCAUCAUUACCACAAUAUUGUGACUUAAUAAUUCAAGGUUUACAAUCACGAGAAUCAUUUCCAGCGAUACAGCAAGAGUUUUUAAGACAAACAUGCACCGUUUUUCUUCAACAAUAUCCUGAUUCUUCUUCAAGAAAAGUUCAUCAUUCCUUUGUUAUGGCUCUCACACAAAAAUUUCCAGCAUUAAACUUUUUAAACAAGAGUGUCGAUGGAGUUGAUGGAAAAGCACCAUAUCAUACAAUAUCUCGUCUACUUUCUCGAAAAAAACGAAACCUCAAAUAUUCAAAAACUCAUCCAACACCAAAACGUGCACGAACAUCAACACUUGAUUCAAGUUCUGACAACAAAGCAAACACGAACGUUGUCAAUGAAGAAACAGCAAUAAAAGAUGCACAUAAUUUAGAUAUGGAUUUGGACAAAAAUAAUUUUUCUGAUGGAAGUUCAAUUGAAGAAUUAAUAGAUGAAUCUUUUAAAAAUCAAACAUUAAAUUCACUUCGUGAUCCAUUUGAAGAACAAACUGUAACAACUCCAUCACCCAACACACCCAUCAGAUCAAAAACAAUCUCAAAAAAUGAUCGACAAGCAACAAUAUCAUUAGUAACUCUAUCGCCUUCAAGAACUCAAUCAAUUUCGUCAACAUCAUCAACUCAAUCAAUUUCAUCGACUUCAUUAACGCAAUCAGGUAUUUCAAUCAUUAAUCUUCCAUCCAUUUCAACUACACCAGUGAUAGUAAAACCAAUCAUCAUAACAAAUACACCAUCUAAUCUUAUUUACCACAACGGUCGUAUGCACAUAACUUCACUACCAUCACAAUCAAUAGUUGCUGUUCAUAAAGCUAUUGUACCACGCGAUUGUGAAAAGAAACAAGAAAAAAACCAAAAUGAUAGUUGUCAAGGUAACAGAGCGACCAACACAAAAGAACCGGAAAAUAUUUUAAAACAAUCUACUGUUCAUAAUGUCGAAGAAUCAUAUAGUACGAAAAAUAAUCUAGAAGUAUUAUUUCCCAAGUUAUCUAAUUCAGAACAAAGUGCGUACAAUACAGAUGUUGCCCGUCUUCGUUCAAUUACAAAACCUAAGAAUAAAUCGUCAAACAACAUUUCAAUCGGCGAACUCAUCAUGGAAUUUAUGCUAUUACAAAAUCAAAUACUUACCUGGGAUGAAUUACAAUAUAAAUCACGUGAUUUACUUGAUGGUCUUAUUACAAAAUAUAAGAUUGAAACACAAGAAAAGAUAAUAUUAAUAACAUCGACAUUUGAAUGGCCAACAAUUUAG